AUGGAAAAGCUUCAACUCCAUAAAGUUUCUCUGAAAUUGGUAAAGGAGAUUAAAUACCUGGGAGUCACGCUCAAAAACAGACUCAACUGGGGGAAACAUAUCAAAGAUAAAUGCGAGAAAGCGAUAGGCACUUUCUGGGCCUACAGGAGGGCUUUUGGCAAUCCCUGGGGCCCAGAACCGGAUAAAGUGAGAUGGCUAUAUGAUGCAAUCAUCAAACCAAGACUCACUCAUGGGGCACUAGUAUGGGGCCACAAAUGUGAGUUGAAAACUCUCACAGGGGCACUAGACAGGGUGCAAAGAUUGGUUAUGGGAGGAAUCACGGGAUCCAUGCGAACGACACCUACGGUCGUCAUGGAAAAACUGUUGGAACUUCCUCCACUAGGCAAAAUAAUAAGGUCAAAUGCGUGCAGGACGUUCUGCAGAAUAGCGGAAUCAUUGAACUGUUCCAAUUUCGAGGAUGCGGCACUUCCGGAACGAGUAAUGCCGCUAAUGGAGGAAAUAGGUUGCGACAGAAUGGCAAAUAGAAUUUAUUUCUCUAAGCCGUUCUCGAUCGUAAUCCUAGAAAGGAAAGAAUGGAAGACGGGUUCACACGAACUCCUCGAAAACAGUGUAGUGUGGUUUACCGAUGGCUCAAAAAAUGAGAAUAGUGUAGGAGCAGGUGCCUGGGAAAAGGGGGAUGCACAAGAAAUUGUGUGUUCGCUCGAUCACCAUGCUACGGUUUUCCAGGCAGAAAUCAGGGCCAUUACAGAAGCUGCUAAAUGGCUGUUGAAAAGAGGCACAGGGCAAAGAACUGUAAGCUUCUGCUCGGAUAGCAGGGCAGUUCUUAUGGCGCUAGACAGUAUCAGUAUCUCCUCAAAAGAGGUGCUGAGAUGCAGACAGGCACUGGAAUCACUGGCAAAACACAACGCGGUAAGACUGGUGUAA